AUGUGUCAGGAGACAAAGAAAGGGUUGCUGUACAUCAAUGUGUGUGGCUGGAAGCACAUCCCUAACCCUGGUGAUGAGAACAAGCCUGUGCCUGUAUGUGGAGGGAAACUGGAGACAGACAUUCAUGAAGGAGGAGAUGACUACAGUAAGGUGGAUGUGGCGUUCAGUCCUGCAGUGCUGCAGCAGGCUCAGAAGGACAAGAGGGAGAAGGACCAGGUCCACCUGUUAGCCCUGAGCUUCCCCCAGCAGCAGCAUGGCCUGCGUCUGGCCCAGCAGUACAAUGUCAGCAGCAGUAAGCUAAAGGGCAGCCUAGAGGACAAGCAGUGCCGCCUGGGUUCUCUAAAACAGUCCAGCCACCAACACAGCCUCCCAGACCCCAGCUUCCCUGUUCCAGCAGAUCUCCUUCUGCGUGAAGGGCAGACCGAGGACAGUACACCUGUGCAGCUCAUCACAUCUGUCCAGCUUUCAUCUGGGCCAGGGGACCAAAGCAACAAGACCAAGAACCCGAUCCAGGUGAUCUCUAGCUCAAUGACAGCCCAGCCUCAGCAGCCACAGCACCAGCUCACUGUUAACUCUGACCCCAGGGACCUCUCUAGAAUCCUGGAGCUGACUGUGGAGCUACCAAAUGUUCACUCCAUCACAGAGUGCCAUCUCAUCAUUUCCCAGAAGUGGAGGAAAUCAAUCCAUCUACACCUGGAGCUGCCUGAGACUGUGAAUGAGGAGUCGGCCUCUGCCACGUUCAACAAGAAACGGACAUUAACUUUGCAAGUGUCUAUACUCUAGUGCCGUUACUGCAGACACUAAAAGCACACACGUUAAUAGACAAAAAAAAACAAAACACUGUCUGCUCUGGCAUGUCACACUUACACCCAGUAGGUGAUUUGUCUCUAUGAAGGGACACGGCACUUUGGAAAUAUAAGGCCAUUAGAGAAGGCAGUAACUUCAGUUACCUCAAAGCAAAUGGACCAAAAUAAAUGUAAUUUCUGCUAUGCAUCCUACAAGCUGUGGGUCUGAACCUUUGUAGUAGUAAACAGUACCUCAGUAAAGACAUUCAUAGCA